AGAUAUUGCUACUUACUUUACUACGCUAUUGACCAGUGAUAUCGUAGAUCGUGAUAUUGUAAUUCGUAACAUUUUAAUUCAUUGUUAAUAAUUGUCGUUAUUGAUGUCGUUAAAUUAAUAAAAAAUGACACGAAUUACAUUUCUUCAUCCGGAUCUUGGUAUUGGAGGAGCAGAAAGAUUAGUAAUAGAUGCUGCGUUAGCUUUAAAGAAAGGAGGAUAUGAGGUUAAUUUCGUGACAACUCAUCAUGAUCCUGAACAUUGUUUUUCUGAAACAAAAGAUGGAACAAUUCCUAUUACAGUUGUAGGAAAUUGGUUACCUAGACAUAUUUUCGGUAGAUUUUUCGCACUUUUUGCUUAUAUUCGUAUGAUAUAUGCAGCUAGUUAUAUCAUUUUUUGUGAACAUCGACCAGAUAUUGUAUUCUGUGAUUUAGUUUCUGUAUGCAUUCCUAUUCUUCGAUUACGAAUUCCAUAUAUAAUUUUUUAUUGUCAUUAUCCAGAUCAGUUGCUUUCACAAUCAAAGGGAAUUAGUAAACAAUUAUAUCGUGCACCUCUUAAUUAUUUAGAAGAAUUAACAACUGGAAUGGCACAUAAAAUAUUUGUAAAUAGCAUAUAUACACUUUCUGUAUUUAAAGAUACUUUUAAGAAAUUGUAUAUUGAACCUGAAGUUUUAUAUCCUUCUAUUAAUACUGACUUUUUUGAUAAAACUCGAAUAAUAUCCUUAGAAAGAAUAUUUGAUAAAAAAUUGCCAUCAAAUAGUAUUAUAUUAUUGUCUAUUAAUAGAUAUGAACGUAAAAAAAAUUUAGAACUAGCAAUAGAAGCAUUGGCAGAACUUCAAAAAUAUUUGACAGAAGAAGAAUAUAAAAAAGUAUAUUUAAUUAUGGCUGGUGGAUAUGAUAAAAGAGUUGAAGAAAAUGUAGAAUAUUAUUUGGAAUUAAUAGGACUUGUUGAUGAAUUACAUGUAACAGAAAAAGUAAUAUUUCUUCGAUCUCCUUCAGAUAUUGAUAAAAUAUCUAUUUUACAUCAUUGUAAAAUUAUAUUGUACACACCUCCAAAUGAACAUUUUGGUAUUGUACCACUUGAAGCAAUGUAUAUGAGUAAACCAGUAAUUGCACAUAAUUCUGGUGGGCCAAAAGAAUCUAUAAUUUCUGGAGUUACUGGAUUUUUGGUUGAUUUAUCUGGUGAUGCAUUUGCUUCAAAAAUAGCUUAUUUAAUUAAAAAUCCAGAAUAUAUUCAAGAAUUUGGAAAUGCAGGCAAAGAUAGAUUUAUGAAAACUUUUAGUUUUGCUGCAUUUAAUGCUCAAUUAAAUGAAGCAAUUGAAGAUUUAAUAAGUAAUAAAAAAAUAAAGUAAUAAUUAGAUUUUUAUGAAAAAAACUUGAAUUACAAUUUUAUUAUAUAUUUUAUAUAAUAUAAACUGUGAUAAGAAAAUAUUAAUAAAAAAUUAAGAAUUGA